CACGGAGGCGCAGUGUGAGCAUCAAGGCCACUUCAGCAGGGAAGAAAUAAAACAACAUACAACUUCAAAACAGGGAAAAAGAAUCGAAGGAGACUUGUUGUUUUUUUUGCACGGACAUAAAAUGAAAGGGUUACCUGGCUGUCUAUUGGAUUUGGAGAUCUGUGCAUUGCUUCGACUUUGACACAAGAGUUGCACGGGAAGAGUCUGAAGGAGUUGUCUGUUGGAGGAAUUUCAGACACCCUUAAUCAAAGUUGAGUUGGACCUCCAGGAACCAGUCAGGGAGUAAGCUAAACGACCUACCUACUGCUUUCACAGGAACAGAACACGCUAAAGCACCACCAUCAUGGGUGAGGAACAGUGCUACUACAAUGAGACCAUCGCCUUUUUCUACAACCGCAGUGGCAAGUACCUUGCUUCUGACUGGAACACUGUCAGCAGGCUGGUGAUGGGUCUGGGAAUCACUGUGUGCAUCUUCAUCAUGCUCGCCACGCUCGUGAUGAUCGCCAUCUACGUCAACAGGAGAUUCCACUUCCCCAUCUACUACCUGAUGGCCAACCUGGCAGCUGCUGACUUUGCUGGACUUGCAUACUUCUACUUGAUGUUCAACACCGGGCCGAACACAAGGCGUCUGACGGUUUCGACGUGGUUGCUGCGCCAGGGCUUGAUCGAGACCAGCCUCACGGCGUCAGUUGCCAACCUGCUGGCCAUUGCCAUAGAGCGGCACAUUACUGUGUUUCGCAUGCAGCUUCACACUCGCAUGAGCAACCGACGUGUGGUCGUGGUGAUCGUAAUAAUCUGGACAAUGUCCAUAGUUAUGGGGGCCAUUCCCAGUGUGGGCUGGAACUGUAUCUGUAGCAUUGAGUCUUGCUACAUGGCACCGCUUUACAGCAACUCCUACCUGAUCUUCUGGGCAGUGUUUAAUCUGGUGACAUUUGUUGUAAUGGUGACGCUAUAUGCCCACAUCUUUGUCUAUGUGCGUCAAAGGACCAUGAGGAUGUCGCGGCAUGGCUCUGGACCACGUCGCAACCGAGACACCAUGAUGUCUCUGCUGAAGACCGUGGUGAUAGUUUUGGGUGCCUUCAUCAUCUGCUGGACCCCCGGUCUUGUCAUCCUCCUUCUCGACGUCUUCUGUGCCAACUGCAACGUCCUCACCUACGAGAAGUUCUUCCUGCUCCUGGCUGAGUUCAACUCAGCAAUGAACCCCAUCAUCUACUCCUACCGAGAUAAAGAGAUGAGCGCCACCUUCAGGCAGAUCCUGUGCUGUCAGCGGCAGGAGAACGUGAACGGGACGGUGGCAGAGGGAUCCGACCGGUCGGCGUCGUCCGUCAACCACACAGUGUUGAGUGGUGGAACACACCACCAUCACCACCACCACAACAAUGAACACUCGGUGGUAUAAAGGAGGGCUGGAAAGCACAGGGAUUAACAGCCUCGAAGGGUUAAUCUCUUUUGGAUGUACUGACUGAAAGAAGAUGAAUGGCAGGAAAGGAAAAGGCAAGUUGGACUGUCAACAUGAUAUGAACUAUUGACAGUUAAAGGAGUUAAGAAUGAAGAUGAAGUAGGUGGAGUUAGUGAUGUUGAGCUGGUUGACAUCACAAUGAAGGAGAAGAUAAAAGAUGACAAGACUUCAUCACUGUUGGAAGGAAGAACAGAGGACGAGUCUGAUCUCUGAAGACAUCGAUAGGCUGUUAGUAUUUUUGUCUAGCUGUUUAUUAUUUUCAAUUUGUUGGAUCUUUGAUGUUAAUGAACUAUUUAAAGUAAUCUGUGAAAUGAAGGUAAUGCCAGUAUAACCUUUCCUUUUUUCCAGCCUUGUUUAAAUUUGCAGCCUUUAGUUAUGGGUCGAAGACUUUCCCUCUCAGUAACAUGUUCAAGAAAAUAUCAUAUAACAUCAUGACACUGCUACUACUACUCGUUUUUGUUAGUUGUGUCUGAGUUGUCUCAGAUUGGGGGAAAAAAAACAAGCAGUCUUCCUUUUUGAUACAUAUUUUACAGGAAAUGCUUCAAAUCUUGGGAAAUUCAGAACAACUCAUGCCAUUCUGUGCCUGAAACUGAACAUUAACACCUUGAAAUGACUGGGAGUUGUAUCAAAGUUCUUCUUAUUUUUCUUGGAUCUUAUUCCAGGGUUUAACUUUAUCACAGUACACAUCCUGAUAAUACUUCUAAAAUAAAUCUCAACAUUUUAAUGGACUAACAACCAAAAAUACUCUUAAGAUUUGUUUAACUGCAUCCCAAGUGAACCCCAUCCCUUUUUAUCCAACUCAAAUAUUUGAAGGGUCCAGCCGGGAUGAGGAGAAAUCCUGAAUGUUUUUUUCUGACUCAGGAAUUAGAAACAAGUUGUUCCAGGGAUCUUUUUCCAAAAAGGGCAGUGUGAUGUUUGCAGUUAAAUAAUCUACUCUGUGCCUCAGUAGAGACAAGGUGAAGGUCAUAUGUGGGAUGCAUUCACAGAGCUCAGGUCAUGACAUGACAUGAAAUUUGCUGAGCUGUCUGCUUCUGGUGGUUUUAUCAGCUCAUGAGACUGUGUGAGGAAAAGAGGUCGCAGUGUCAUGAGUGUUGAUUUCGGGUAGCUCUCAUGGGAGAUCUGAAACUGGUUGUAGCUGUAAAUGAUGUCAAAAUUUAAAUUCUGGCAGUGAGGUGAUAUGAAGUAACCUUGUAAUGUUGUGAGAGGUUUCACAGCAGGCCUAUCAGGAACAUGGAGAUAAAACUAACGUUGAUGAAUGUCUGCCUAAAUCAGUUUACAAACAACAUUUUGCCACAAAUGAUAGCCGACUGCCAACUUGACCAGCUCUAUUACAGCCCCCUGUCUAGAUCUACAGACACUGAUGAGGGGGCAUUUAAUCAUUACCAGACCUUCAGUGGGAGGAUCCAAAGAAAAGGCUUCAGUGCCUAAUUUGAAGACGGACAUUUUGUAAUACAACAAACUACCCAGCAUAAGAGUGUAAAGCAAAUCAUGAAACUUUGUGAGGCUGUAGCAGCUGUUCUGUAAGAAAAUUCCUGGAUCAGUUUGCUAAGACGCUCACAAUGAAAAUGCCAACAAGCUUGUGUUGAGAAAGAGAAAUUCACCGGGUUCACUUUCUGUUAACAUUAGCAAAUUAAGUCUUAUCGAUAAUUAAUCCAAGUAAAUCUGAUGAACAUUUUUAUUUUGAAGGCAAACGCAAGAUGAAUAAAAAUGUUGUCCUGAUAAUGGAAAAGAAAAGCUGUGUAUAUGAUAACCAAAGUUAUGAUAAAAGUUAUAUAUAUAUUUACAAUAAUUUCUGAUUAAAACUCCAUUGAAUUCCAUCUAAACAGCUAUUCCAGUCUGGACCAAAGGGGUAGAUUUGCAAAUAGAAUAAUGUCCAAAGGUAACUAUUAAAAAUGAGGUUUGUGAUUCAUCGGUGGUGAAAAAUCAUGUCAGAUGUCACCUACGCAAGAGUUUGGAAAAUUUUCUUAUUCCAUUGCAUUCCAUCAAAUCUGUCCAAAACUUCAUCAGAUCAAAAGCUGGUGUGACUAAUCUUUACAGUACUUAACUCAGAGCUGAUUGCCAUUUGACCCUUCUUACUGUAUCAAUGCAGACCAUGGUUUCUUUAUCAGCUUAAAUCAAAAAUGGCAAUCUGCAUCUUUUAGGACAAACACCCUGAGCUGGUUACAGAAAAUGUUUGGAUUAACUACAAAUUAAAUGACAAGUACACAUACAUGGUUAUGACAGUGUUAGUGAUGAUAUUAAUGUGUUUUAUUUAUGCGGCUAUAUGAAGUAUUUGGGGUCAUGUUUUUAAAUCCUUAUUAGCAAUGCCCAGAGAAAAGACAGAGGACAGAUAUUCAAUACAUAAUAAUGUAGUGUUUCUUCAUUCAUGACCCAUGGAGCCUCUUCCUUAUUUGCACUGCUGUAUAAGAACAAAACUCCAAAGUGGAGGCUUUGUGUUGUUAAUGUGUGCAGCUGACAGCUCAGCUUACAAAACAUCAUCACUGUAAAGAGAGCCGUCUUUGGACUUGGCAAACAAAAGUCCUCCAAGGAACAACUUUUGUUGUCUUCUUUAAGUGAAAAUGAGAAUCAUUGAUUGAGCUGCAGAGUGCGCAUAGCUUUGUCUCUCAUAAGUUUGGAUGGAUAUGCACAUAUAAGGUUCUUGCAGGCUGACAGUGUUAGUAUGUACCACAGCAACUUAAUGGAAUGAAAUAUUGCACUUUUCUAUUAUGAUGAUAUUCAAAUGUCCAGUUGCUUUCAGGUUCUUUUUUUUAUAGUGAUCUGACAGCUCAAAGGUGAAGUACAGUUAUUCCAAUGCGGUUUUAAAUGGUGCUGUAUUAUUCUCAGAAAUGCACUCUAUAUUUUCUGCGGUUAUCUUGAUAUUUCUAGCCAGCUGAAAGUCAGCAUGUUGAUGCAAUGACGUGCAUUGUUAAAAAAUUGCCAGCUGAACGUUUUGUCCUAAUUUGAAUCAAACACAUUUUUUGGCCGAAAUACGUAGACAAAGCUCCCAACAGCUGACAGAAAAGAGGGAAUCACAGCCAGAAAUGAGUCCAAGAAUCAGGAUGUUUGUCAGGGAUUUAAGCUGCACUAAUAACACCAAGCCAGCUGGUACUCAUGUCAGACGAAGUUAACCAAAGUGCCCGAAGACGGUGGCGGCUUUUUCUCACAAUCGAGACUCUCCUUCUUACUUUCGGCCUGCUAUCUCCUGAUUGUGCCUUUAAACUAUAGAAAGUAAAACAUUCAAAAGGCAGGGCAGCAGCAGGGCUUCUAAAUGUCUCAUUUACCAAACUUUGCAAAGAAAUGUCUCUGGACCCGACCCUCCAUGUCUGACAUUCACUGUAACUGUUAACUAACAAAGUAUUCAUUCAGGUAAUACAGCAAAUCAACUAAACGUUCUGUCUCUGUACGUCUCUGUUUACCAGUGUGUCACUCUUUGUACACCAUUGUAAGUAUAUGUGUACAGUAUGUAUGUAUAUAAAAAUAUUAUUCAAAAUUAAUCACCAAAGGGAAAGUGUUUGUAAAUUUAACUAUUGUACUCUGUCCCAAUGUACUGUAGGAUUUAUGGUUCUAUGUCAUGAGCUUUUUUUUGUAUUGUGUGACGCUAACUGAUGAACUUUCUUUGGACUCUCUAACAUUUUAACAUGUAUGUGACCCAGAACUAACUUAUCUAUGUGUGCAGUGCCUUGCAGUGCUCUUCCUUAAAGAGUAACUUUACACUAGGCUGAAGGAAAGUGUUAGGCCUGGGUGGGGGAACUUCAAUCCUGUUACACUUUAAGUAAGACUGAUGGGGUGUAGUCGGAUCUGUGCCUUAUUGAAUUUGUUGCCACUCCAUACAGUGAUGUCACUAGUGAUGCUACAAAGUCAAAGGCUGUUUUCGAAACUGCCUGCUAUACUAAUAUUACCCACUGAUUUGGCCAAAAUUCAGUAUGUAAUAUGUGAACAAGAGCAAAAUCUGCAGUAUGUCAAAACUACCCAGAUGCCGGAUGCUAGCGUUCCGCUUCUUCUUUUCUCCAUAUAUGACGGGGGUCCCUUUGUUUUAAGGUGCUGUGAAAAUUAUGAAAUUCCAUAAAUUAACCACUCCCUAAAUUAUAAGUGAUGCUAAAGAAGCAGUUUUGCUAUUAGCUUGGCUGUUGUUUACUUCCGCUUUCCAAAACCGGAAGUCCAGCGACGCCUGACCCAGAACAUUGAAAAACAGAUCCAACAUAACAGUCCUACUACAUACUACCUUCAAACACAGUAAGCAGGUAGUAUGUAGCAGGCGGUUCAAAAACAGCCCAAGAGUACACUUGUGCAUCAGUGCAGCAAGGUGAGAAGUUGAACCACUAGAGGUCAACAAAAGCUGGCUUUCCAGGCUGUGUUUGGUUACUGUCAAAGUUUGUGUGUGUUGCUAACACCAGUGUUUUGCAAUUUGUCUUAGUGUCGAUCACAUUAGUGUCAGUGUAAGAGCAAUGUUUCACAAGAGAGCAUCAUUUUUUUAUGAGAAGAACUCACACUCAACACAGCCUUUGAAGAAUCACAAGUGAAUACAAACAGACAAAACAGAUUAUGUGUUGUUAAUUUGGAUUAAUCGUAUGACGUGAUUAUUCCAGAUGCAAACAUGUUGUCAACAUUUAAACUUGUUUUAGGUUUGGACAACUUUAAAGUGACUUGUUGCACCUUAGAUGUUGUCAUCCUCAGGUGUAAACACAGACAGCUAUCACAUGCAUCAGAAGUGUCAAUGCUUUAUCUUCCAAGUUGUAAGGUCUGAUAUCUCUUCUUCCAAAAUGAAACAUUGCAUCACAUUUUUUUUUAAAUAUUUUCCAAGCUUCAGAUCAAAAUGAUAUACAAAAAAAAACCAUGUACAAGUAGUUGUUUCUAAGAAUUGUGACACAGACAUAAAUGUGAGUAUCAUUUCUGUAAGGGCCAAUAUUAAUGAAUGUCCAUCAAGAGUCAUAGUGUUGAUAUCCAAGCAACAAUAAAAACAUGAGAAAAGUCUGAA